UUGCAGAGUUAUAUGGUGGAGUGAGAGAGACAGAGCACGCAGCAGCGGCUGAGCAGCUGGAAAAAGAGAAGAGAAGAGAAGAGAAGAGAUGGGUUCUAGAGGAGGAGCGACGGUUUUGCAGCAGCUAAGUCGGGCAAGCCGAAUGAGAACGAAACUGCAGACGGCGUUGGAAGCCAGCGCUCUGGACAUAGAAGACGUGUCACAUCAGCACGCCGGACACGCCGCCAUGAGGGAUAACAACGCCGGCGAGACUCAUUUCAACCUGAAGAUCGUGUCCCCCAAAUUCGAGGGGCAGAGCCUCGUUAAACGACACCGCAUGGUGUAUGAUGCCUUGGCCGACGAGCUCCAGUCCGGUCUUCAUGCGCUCUCCAUUGUCGCCAAGACUCCCCAAGAAACCGGCCCCAAGUGACAAUUUUCCUUCCCUAUUAUUAUGUAUGAUCAUGAUUUUGAAUUUUUGAUCCUGAUAUAUAUUUAUGUAUCAGUGUAUUCUUGUUCAUCGGAUUUGAAAGCUUUUAUAUUAUUUCGUGUUGAAAUUUA